CGUGCGGGCGCGGAGCGCGGGCCGGAGGGCGGCAGGAUGUUCAGCUGGCUGGGGCGGCAGGCGGGCGGGCGGGAGCGCGUGGGCGGCGCGGACGCGGUGCAGACGGUGACGGGCGGCCUGCGCUCGCUCUACCUGCGCAAGGUGCUGCCGCUGGAGGAGGCGUACCGCUUCCACGAGUUCCACUCGCCCGCCCUGGAGGACGCCGACUUCGAGAACAAGCCCAUGAUCCUGCUGGUGGGCCAGUACAGCACGGGCAAGACUACCUUCAUCAGGUACUUGCUAGAGCAGGACUUCCCAGGCAUGCGGAUUGGCCCAGAGCCCACCACCGACUCCUUCAUUGCUGUGAUGUACGGGGAGACAGAGGGCAGCACCCCAGGAAACGCAUUGGUUGUGGACCCCAAAAAGCCAUUCCGAAAACUUAGUCGUUUUGGAAAUGCUUUCCUGAAUCGGUUCAUGUGCUCCCAGCUGCCCAACCAGGUCCUAAAAAGCAUCAGUGUCAUCGACAGCCCCGGCAUCCUGUCUGGGGAGAAGCAGCGCAUCAGCCGAGGCUAUGACUUCUGCCAGGUGCUGCAGUGGUUUGCAGAGCGGGUCGACAGAAUCAUCCUGCUCUUUGACGCUCACAAACUGGACAUCUCGGACGAGUUCUCGGAGGCCAUCAAAGCCUUCCGGGGCCAGGAUGACAAGAUCCGCGUGGUGCUCAACAAGGCUGACCAGGUGGACACACAGCAGCUGAUGCGUGUCUACGGGGCCCUCAUGUGGUCCCUCGGCAAGGUCAUCAACACACCCGAGGUGCUACGUGUCUACAUUGGCUCCUUCUGGGCGCAGCCCCUGCAGAACACCGACAACCGCAGGCUCUUCGAGGCCGAGGCCCAGGACCUCUUCAGGGACAUCCAGAGCCUCCCGCAGAAAGCAGCUGUGCGCAAACUCAAUGACCUCAUCAAGCGAGCCAGGCUGGCCAAGGUACAUGCCUACAUCAUCAGUUACCUGAAGAAGGAGAUGCCAACUGUAUUUGGAAAGGAAAACAAGAAGAGAGAGCUUAUCAGCAGAUUACCAGAAAUCUACAUUCAGCUGCAGCGAGAAUACCAGAUUUCUGCGGGGGACUUCCCCGAGGUCAAGACCAUGCAGGAACAGCUCGAGAACUAUGACUUCACCAAAUUCCACUCGCUGAAGCCGAAGCUGAUCGAGGCCGUGGACAACAUGCUGAGCAGCAAGAUCUCGUCACUGAUGCAACUCAUCGGCCAGGAGGAGAUAAGCAUGCCCACGCAGAUGGUGCAGGGCGGCGCCUUCGACGGCACCACCGAGGGGCCCUUCAACCAGGGCUACGGGGAGGGCGCCGGGGAGGGCGCCGACGAGGAGGAAUGGGUCGUGGCCAAGGACAAGCCCAUCUAUGACGAGCUCUUCUAUACCCUAUCUCCUGUCAAUGGCAAGAUAACGGGCAUCAACGCCAAAAAGGAGAUGGUGACCUCCAAGCUGCCCAACAGCGUCCUGGGCAAGAUCUGGAAGCUGGCCGACUGUGACUGCGACGGCAUGCUGGACGAGGAGGAGUUUGCACUAGCCAAGCACCUCAUCAAGAUCAAGCUGGAUGGCUACGAGCUGCCCAACACCCUGCCCCCCCACCUCGUGCCCCCCUCUCACAGGAAGUACCUGCCAAAGGCCGACUGAGGAGGGGGCUGCGAACAGGACGGGUCGGGUGGGAUGGGGUGGGAACCAAGAAGCUGGAUCAGAGGCCCACUCGGCCACUAACUCUCUGAGGACCUUGGCCAAGGCACUGCCCCUCUGUGCCUCACCUUUCCCAUCUGUACAAUGGGGAGGGCAGGCACUGGACACUACAUGGUCUCUAAGGUCCCUUCACCUCUAAAAUUCCCUGAGUUCCUAUUGAAAGAUGGGGUGGGGAGGGCAUGACAAUAUUGAAGAUUGAGAAGAAAAGGGAAAUUGUUCAGAGUACUCAGAAACCUGGAGAGACAGGUGCGGGGUGAGCUGGCUUUGUGGAAUCCCAGGAACCCCAGGAACCCCAGGAAGUGAGUUGGGGGCCCUUCUGGAGCGGUUGAGCCUUCUGCUUACCUGGGCUGUGUAUCUUCAUGAACAGAUUCUGCAGCACCUGCCUGUCCCUCAGAGGACACCAAGAGGGAGAAAAGAAGUUCUUAUUUAUUUUGUUUCCUGCUGUUUUCGUAGUGGAGAAAAUAGAGCAGAGAGAGCUUCUUCUAUCUCCAAAUUGUCUACCAAGGAGAAGACGGAUGCCCCCAGGUUUGACAGGAGGAGGAGCUAUGUCUGUGUGUGCCCCAUCCCACCCCCAGGCUCACUCAGAGCAGGUGGCCAGGUUAGCAGAUCACGUGGGUCCCAACAUGCCGCACUGGCCCGCCCUUCUGGGUGCCCUCCCAGGGCCUUCCCAGGAAAGCUGUGUUUGGUUAGGAGUUUGGAACUCUCAAACUGUAUUAACCCCUGGCAAGAUUUCUAAUAUACUUUUCAAGGCACACUGAAGUCAAAGGCUCACUUUUCUUACCGGUCUGUCCAAUACUUUGUAGCACAGUCUAUUUGUCAUGCUUAGCUGUUAAAAGUCCCCAAAGCUUCUUGGCCAACGGCAGAAUUUAAAUUCAAUAAAAACAUUUCUUGGUGCCUACAGUGUCCUAGGGAGCGUGGACACAUGGGUGAAUGGAGUCGGGUAGAAGAGUUAGACACUAUUUUUGUAGGAAAUAGAUAUUUUUAACAUGUCCAGCUUUUUUUUUUCUCCUCACAGAAUAAAAGCCUUUAAUACAAAAACAGGAUGGAACCUUUCACUUAAGCCUUCUCUUUGAAAGGCGGUGUGGCUUGUUGAUGAAUGCCCACCACCAGGCAGGCUUUGUGCACUUACCCUCACUUGGGCUCCUGAGUACCCUUUCCUAGAUCCCCGUGGGAGUCCCUCAGGACUGUCCCCUCACAGGACAGGCCUGGGUCAGGGGGAGGUGGCUCAUGCUCACCACCAUCCUCCCCGCUAUGUGGGCACCUGCAUGAGGGUGUGGGUGCGUUUCAUUGUUACACAGCAACAAAGAGAGAAAACAUCCAUGCCUGUGAGGCCAGAGCCCUGCCAGCACAGGACGUGAAUGAUGAAAUCCGAGCAGCCCCACGUGACCCUUCCAAAACCACGUGCUUUUUCUUUUAUUCCUUUCACCUGCCUCUGGUGACGUCCAGGUCAGACAUGCAGACUUAAGAGAAAGUAUUUUGGUAAACAUUUAUCCGGAUCCCAGCUCUCACACACCCUAGCUUACUUGAAGAGUAAUUUAGUUUUAGGAGAAUUAAAUGUGAUGGUUUUUAAAUCUUCCUGAGCACUUUUAAAUUAGACAGAUGGAAGAGAAACCUUACAACUCCAGUCUGUCACAGGAGCAGGCAGCUCAGCGGGUGCUGUCAGCUGGGAACGUGUCAGCAGCAUCCACCACAGGUUUGGAGGUGCCAAGCUUAGCGGGGUUUCCAGGCAGAAUUAUUUUGCUGCUUUAACUCUGUUCGAUUGUCAAUUGUCCUGUAUAAAUAUACACACAUAUAUAUGCUGCCUGA